UUUUUUAUAUAAAAGGACUGACCUGUAAUUGUAUUACAAAGUUUCAUCCUUACACUGUUGAAAACCUUUCAGGCUCAGCACUAAUCAGACAUGAUGGCCAAGUGUGUUGUAUUGGCCGCUGUAGCGAUGCUGGCGGUGGCAUGUGUGGCCUCUCCUCUGUCCGAAGACGCACCUGCGAACACAGAGGUGACGGAACGGCUCCCGGAGAGACCACCGGAGACACCGGAGAGACCACCGGAGAGACCUCGGUCCCGUGCGAGUCGUUCCGUGCAUUUAUCGGAGGAGCAGCGAGAGCUCAUGUCCCGCCAGCUCUUACAGGCUCUGUCAGAAAUCAUCCAGCGGGAGGACUGCGUUACCGAUUAUCAAGGAUGGGUGGAUUUUGGGCGUCGGAGUACAAACUGAUUAUUUAACCGUAUAAACUCUGUAAUGAUUUCUGUCAUUAAAUAUACUUGCAGCUA